AUGACUCUAAAGGAAUGUUGUCUUCAUGGGUGGGGAAGGAUUGUUGCCUGUGGGAAAGAAUCUACUGUGACAGCCUCACUGGAAAUGUUGACAGGGGAUGAAAAAUCAAAGCUUGAUCAGAGGGCUUUAUUCAACUGUUUCAGUGGUUGCUUCCGGUUUGUGUUGCGGGAAAUAUUCGGUUGUGAUGGGUUCGUGGAGAGUGUAACGGAGCAGAUAGAAGAUGAAGAAAGUUCUAAAAGAGCAGGUGAACAAUUUGGUUAUCCUCUAAUUGUAAAAUGUAGAAGGUUGGCCUAUGAUGGAAGGGGUAUUAAUGUUGUUGCUAAAAGUGAAGAAGUAUUAACUUCUGCUAUAAAUGCUCUAGGAGGAUUUGGUCAUGGAUUAUAUGUCGAGCAAUGGGAACCUUUUGUUAAGGAGCUUGCAGUAAUUGUUGCAAGAGGUAGAGAUAAUUCUAUAUCAUGCUAUCAUGUUGUGGAGACUGUACACAGGGAAAACAUAUGUCACAUUGUUAAAUCCCCUGCUAAUGAGUCAUGGAAGAUUAUGAAACUUGCAACUGAUAUUACUUCAAAAGUUGUUGCUUCAUUGGAAGGUGCUGGUGUGUUUGCAGUUGAGUUGUUUCUAACAGAAGAUGGCUAA